AUGACCUACACAACUAACAAUAUUCUCAUGCCACAUCGGCCGUCGCGUGGUGCCAUCAGCCGGGUCGCCUUACUUGCUGCAUACAGCAGGACGGGUAAGCGAAAACAGGCUACUGCUGACGCCUUCCUUCUUUCUCCUUCACAUACUUUUUCUUCCCCCUCUCCCCACCCCAUUAAUAACUCUCUCCUUGUAGGCCCAGCACUUAGGACUGAUGACUCCGUUCGUCAUGCAUCGGUUUUGCGUGCAGCAUCUGCUCGUCACAUGGUACCGACAUCUUCAGGAAUCUCCAGAUCAGUCCUCAAGCCUCGACACCCACUCUAUCUGGCCGCUUUCAAUGUUCGCACUCUGAAGCAAGCAGGACAACAAGCUGCUCUUGCACUCACACUGGACUCGCUUGGCAUUGAUGUGUGCUGUGUCUCAGAAACGAGAAUUCAAGAUGCAAGCACAGACCGUCUGCCUCGCCGGGCCCCUUCCUCCCAGCUCUGUGCUGAGUGGAAGAAACUGAGAGGUUGGCAAUCUAUCAAUUGGAAACGAAGUAUGAAAACACAGUUCGGUUUGACAUAUGCUGCCUCCCUGGAUAGGGACCACGGGGCUCAAAUCACCAGUGGUUAA